AUGGAGGAGAAUACAAGAGUCUUCGUGUCAGGCUUGCCACCUACUUUUUCUAAUGAUGAGCUGCGAAAGCGCUUCUCUACUCGGUAUCAGGUUACUGAUGCUCAUGUCAUCCCUAAACGAAGGAUUGGUUUUGUGGGCUUCAAAACGCCUACGGAAGCACAAGAUGCUGUCAAAUACUUCAACAAAACAUACAUAAGAAUGUCAAAAAUUGCAGUGGAGAUGGCGCGACCGCCAGCUUUGAAGGCUGACCCAACUGAAGGAUUUUAUGAAGCUGACCGAAUUCUUAAGGUCGACGCUGAUCCACCAGUAGUCGAGAAGGCAAAUCCAAGACAUGCUACAUCAACCAACUUCACAACUCUCAAACGAAAGCACGACCAAGUAGAACAGAGCCUAGACCCCAAGCUCCAGGAAUAUCUUGCCACGAUGAAACCGACAAUGAGGUCGAAGACUUGGGCUGACGAUGGUAUAUUAAUUAAUACUAACGGAGAAUCAACGGAUAGUGUUCAAGUCGUAUCUUCUGGCAAUACUGAAACACCCAGCAUCAAAGCCAAGCGCCUGAAGCCUGGCCAUGAGCCCACUCUUAAAACCAAGCAGACGGAGCGACCGGAUGAUAUAACUGAAGAUAAUUCCGUAGGAAAGAAGUCUAGAUCUUUCGAGACUGAAGAUGAACCUGAGGCCACGUCUGUUGAAGAGGCACCGAAAUCCGAUAUGGAUUGGUUGCGAUCAAGAACGAGUCGACUGCUUGGCCUGGUUCAAGAUGAUGAAGACGAGGGAUCUCCUGAGACUACUGAAGCUGAUGCAGUUAUAUCGUCGGUAUCCGAAAGGCUUGGAGUUUCGAAAUCCGAGCUUCUUGACCCCACGUCCUCUGACGCAGCAAUCAGGCAAGCCCAUGCUGAAACGCAUGUGAUCCAAGAAACAAAAGCCUACUUCUCAUCUAAUGGAGUGAACCUGGAUUCGUUCAAACAACGGGAACGUGGAAAUACCGCAAUCCUAGUUAAGAAUUUCUCCUUUGGUGUAAAAGCUGACGAUUUAAGAAAGCUAUUUGAACCGUUUGGACAAAUCAAAAGACUCCUAAUCCCCCCGAGUGGCACGAUAGCCAUCGUUGAGUUCGUCAUGGCGGAUGAGUGCCAAAAGGCUUUCAAGGGACUCGCUUAUCGAAAACUAGGUGAUUCAAUUCUGUUUCUGGAAAGAGCUCCUAAAGACCUAUUCGAUGAGAAGGCGACUGCUGCAAGGGUUGUAGCACCUCCUCCAAAGGUGGUCUCGCAAACAUUCUCAACUUCGGAUACUUUCAAGGCGACUGAAACGGAAGAAGCCGAGACUCCGCUGGAGACAUCCACUCUCUUCGUUCGAAAUCUUAACUUUUCAACAACAAAUGCCCGUUUGACAGAGGUGUUCCAACCACUGGAUGGAUUCCUGUCCGCUAGGGUGAAAACAAAAGCCGACCCAAAGCGACCAGGAGAAACGCUUAGCAUGGGUUUUGGAUUCGUGGAGUUCCGCACAGCUGCUCAAGCUCGCGCCGCACUCGCCACGAUGCAAGGCUACAAGCUGGAUCAACACGAACUCGUUGUCAAGACCUCGCACAAAGCCAUGGACGCCGCUGAAGAACGAAGGCGCGAGGAUAAUGCGAAGAAGUUAGCCAUGCGGGGAACCAAGAUCCUUAUCAAAAACUUGCCAUUCCAAGCCACGAAGAAAGACAUCAGAAACCUCUUCAGCGCGUAUGGCAAACUGCGGUCUGUCCGCGUCCCGCAGAAAUUUGACAGGACGGCUCGUGGUUUCGCGUUUGCUGAUUUCAUAAGUGCGCGCGAGGCGGAAAAUGCCAUGGACGCGCUGAAGAAUACCCAUCUUCUGGGUAGGCGGCUGGUGUUGGAGUUUGCGUCCUCGGAAGCUAUUGAUCCUGAGAAGGAGAUUCAGAACAUUGAGAAGAAGAUGGAUGCUCAGGUGAAUCUGGUGAAUCUGAAAAAUCUUGCAGGUGCAGGGUCUGGACGAAAGAAGUUUAAUGUCGAUGCUGGCGAGGACGAGGAUGGAUGA